AUGAAAUAUUCACAUACAUUAUUUUAUUUAUUUUUGGCGCAGGCUGCCUUUGCAAUAGAUUUUGGAGGAUUUCCAAAGAAAGAAUCGCCAAAAGAAAACGAAAAGACUAGUCAAGAAGAAACAAGUCCAGCAACUGUUGCACCAACUGCUUCACCAACUGUUGCACCAACUGAAACAUCUCCAGAAGCUACCCCAAGCUUGGAAACUUCAAUUGUUACCGAAGUAAUAACUGUUACUGAAACUGAACAAGGUACGAAAAAAACUAUUGAAACUACUGUUGAAAAACCUGUUACAAUUGAAAAACCAAUUACUGUUGAAACUACUGUUGAAAAGAAAUUUCCUGUUACUAUUGAAACUACAAUUGAAAGAGAAGUUCCAACUACAGUUGAAGUUGUUAUUGAAUCAACAGUUCAACAACCUAUUCCAACUACAAUUGAAAGAACGGUAAAAUCUGUUAUUGAAAAGCCAAAAACUAUUACAAUUGUUACUGAAUUACCAGCUCCUGCACCAGCUCCUCCAGCUACAACUCAAGAAAUUUUGCCACCACCACCACCACCAGCUCCUCCUGCCCCACCGGCUGAAGUUCCACCAGCUCCUCCCGCCCCACCGGCCGAAGUCCCACCAGCUCCACCAGCGCCACCAGCUGAAGUUCCACCAGCUCCCCCAGCGCCACCAGCUCCUGCUCCAACUGAAGCUGCCCCUGCUCCUGUACCUCCAGCACCUCCAGCACCUCCAGCACCACCUGCGCCACCUGCACCACCUGCUGAAACUAUACAACCUGAAAUACCACCUGAAACUAUUAUUCCACCUGAACAACCAACUAUUGUUCCAGCGGGUUCUGCAUCAAGAGUUUCUGCUGAUUUGUUAAUUUUAUUGGCUCUUGCUUUUAUUUAA